AUGAAUCACAAUGGAAACCUCCGCUCUUCAAUUACAAACCAGAUAUCUAAUCUUACUUCCCUUUCCAUACUUGAAUUAGCAAGUUGUUAUAAUUUACAAGGUUCAAUUCCGUACCUUCCUCAGUUGAAAAGGCUUGACAUAAGAGGAAGCAAUAAUCUUUAUGUCAACCUCACGUCCAUGUUAGAACGUCAAUGGCUCAAACUACAAGUACUUUGGAUGUCAUCCACUUAUGUGAACGGAUCGAUUCCAAGUUUGAUUUCAAAUGCUCCAUCAUUGGUUAGUUUUAUCGCAUCAAGAUGUUUAAUUAAAGGAUCUUUACCUACCUCUAUUACAAAUCUUUCAAGAUUGGAGUAUCUAGACCUCGAUUUCAACGACAUAACAGGUUAUCUUCAUCCUCUGGGCUCAAAUAUGAAAAUUUUAAAACAUCUAUCUUUGUCUAGAAACAAUUUGCAAGGACCUAUACCUGAUUCAAUCUGUGAUAUUAUAAAUCUUCAACAACUUGAUCUGUUUCUCAAUGAUCUAUCCGAACUGAUACCAAGUUGCAUCACCGGGCUCCAGAAUCUUCAAUAUUUAGAUGUUAGUGGUAACUCUAUUGAGGGUAGCAUUUCAUUGAACUCUUUCAUCAACAAGCUGAACCUAAUGGAACUGAAUCUGAACUCAAACAACAUAACCAUAGAAAUAGAUCAACACUCUCUUCCGUCAAAAUUUCAGUUGGAGAGAUUAGAGCUGCAAUCAUGCAAUAUUAAAGGAGAUAUCCCAGCUUUCUUUUGCAGUUUCACUAAUCUUACAAAAUUGGAUUUGUCACAGAGCAAUCUUAUGGGAGUUAUUCCAUCUUGUCUGUUCAAACACCAACCUCUUACAGACUUGGAUCUCUCCCAAAACAACCUCCAAGGAACCUUGCCACAUGAGUUUCAGUUUAAUCCUAAUAAAAACAUGUACUUAAAUUUAGCCGGAAACAAGCUUCACGGUUCACUUCCUCUUCCAUCUCCAAAAAAUUGGUUUCUCGAUCUGUCAAACAAUCAGUUCAGUGGCGAAAUACAAUUCGAAGUGGGAAAACGUCUUUCGACUUCCCGCUAUGCUUCAUUAUCAAGUAAUCAGUUAUCUGGUACAAUACCUCUAUCCUUUUACUUAAAAAGAAGCUUAGAUAUGCCUAUGAGCAUUGGAUCUCUAAACCUCUCCAACAACACCCUAACAGGAAGUAUUCCCUCUAGUUUUGGAAACUGCAGUUCGCUCGUUUUUCUACAUCUUGGCAUGAACAAUCUCACUGGACGCAUUCCUAAUGUGCUUCAACAGAUACCUAUUGGAUAUCUUCUACUGAAUGAUAACUCCCUCGAAGGUAGUUUUCCAAACUUCAUUCGACAACUACAGGUAUUGCAGGUUCUCAGCUUGGGAAACAACAAGUUUGACGGUAGUAUACCAAGUUUCAUCGGUUCAUUCGAAUAUCUUAGGAUCCUUUCUUUAAGGACAAAUAGAUUCGAUGGAUCUAUCCCCAAAGAGAUCAACCAUUUGGGUCGACUCCAGAUUUUAGAUUUGUCGAUGAACAAUCUCUCUGGUCUAAUUCCUAGGAUGUUAGGGAACUUGACGAUGCUAAGGAGUAGACUUAACAGCACUAGUCCAGGUUGGAGUGGUGGUAUGUUUAUCCCAGAUCUUCAAAUGCGAAUAGCAAUCAAGGGGGUCCUGCAACCUCUUCAACUCCUAAAAGAAUUCAGUUCAGGAAUCGACCUAUCAGGCAACAAUCUCGGAGGAAAUAUUCCAGAGGCGAUAGGUCUGCUAGAAGGGCUUGCGAUGCUUAAUUUAUCAAAUAAUCUAGUUAACGGUAAUAUUCCUACAAGUCUUGGAAACAUGGACGGUUUAGAGUCAUUGGAUCUCAGCUUCAAUAAACUGUCUGGAGGUAUCCCAAUGGAAAUGACAAAUAUAAGGUAUCUUGGGUAUUUAAACCUAUCAUAUAAUAACUUGAGUGGUAGAAUCCCUCAAGAUGAUCACUUCCAAAGCUUGGGUGUGGAUGGAUUUGCUUUCCUUGGCAACCAAUUUCUGUGUGGUAUUCCUACCAAGAAGCAUUGUGAUGGUGAUCCUAUUGGUCCUACAAGUAGCAACACCGACGACAACACAAACCUGAAUAAUGAAGAUGAAGAUGGUAAAAGAGAGAAGGUUUUGCUAUUUGGUUCUGCUAUUUUGGGUGUUGCAGUAGGGUUUUGGGGUCUAUUCUUGGCUUUACUUUGUAAAAAGGAGAAAUGGUGGUUUAGGUACUGGAGAGCUGUUGAUACUGUUGCAUCAAGAUUAACAGGUUGUAUACGGAAAAAUCAGUAA